AUGAACAAGGGCCCCCAGCCCAGCCACCUCUACCUCCACCAGCAGCGCACCGUCGAGGUCAUCCAACUCAUCGAGGUCCCCCCGCCCCCGCCGCGCUCCCACCCAUACACCUCCACCCUCGCCUCCUCCUCCUCCUCCUCCUUCGCCUCCUCCUCCUGCGACUCGUCCGACGACGACUCGGAGGACGACGAGUCCGUCUGCUCCUCCUACUGCUCCUCCGAAGAGGACCUCGCCGCAGACAAGGCGCCCACCUACGAUGACACCUACAAGACGCGCCUCAACCGCGUCCUCGCAUGGAGAGCAGGGUUCGCCAAGGCCGCCCCUCAGGCAGACGCAGCAGAUGAUGAGGCCUCGCUUGCGCUGACAGCGCCACCAUCUUCCCCCAUAUCACUCUCCCCCGCCCCGUCUCUCAAACGAAAAGCCGAUGACGAGACGCGCUGGGAUUCCGAUGAUGAGAACUCGUCGCAGUCGUCGAAGCGCUCCCGCUCCCUUCCCCCAGAACCCCAUCAGAUGCCGGAGUGCGUCCCCUCGCCUGCCUGGCAGCAACGGCGGUGGAGUGCGCACUCGUGCUCGGCGUGCGACGCCUCCUUCGCCACCCUGCAAAGCUUGCGGCAGCACGGAACAGAGUCGGGCUUGAAUGACGCGUGCAGAGAGGCAGUCGAGUACGGUUUCGAAUCAUAACACCCUGCGCUUCUCCCGGUCCUCGCACUCCAGCACCCUCUCCACGCUACCGUCACAGAGACUCGAGUCGCAUCCGCAUCCCACGGCUCCGCAACCUCCACCCCGCUUCGCUGUUCACCCUCGUCGAUCUCGCAUUUCCGUUGACGUCUUCAUCGCAUACAAUACCCCUCGCCGCAUCGCUCCCCUAUCUCCGCGCAUCUUUAUUACUGCAUUCCUCGGCUCCCAACCAUCCCUUUCGCACGACCGUCCCACCACCCCGUCUCACGUUCCUACCCUCUUGCGCGUCCAUGCCGCCUGUUCGGUGUCUCCCAUUUCUUGGGCACCGCUUCUCAUCCGAUUCGUGUAUGUGUAAAGCCGCAUAAUCUUACAUUACGCGCGAUAUAGUGCAAUUGCCGAUCCGAGUCCGUACAUGUACACACCCAUACCGUACGCCUACGUUAUUUCAUACAUUGCCAUCGACCUCCUGCCUGGGAGCAGGCCGGCUCAGUUCCCCGCCUAUCCUUACCACUCGUGUAUCUAGUAAUGCCGCUUUGCGCCCAUUUGUACCUUAGUCCUACGCCGUUCUAUGUGACGAUACACGACAUGAUGACUCGCAAUUCCACGACGCCCGCGCGCGAGAGCUGCGUUUGGGUCGCGAUAACGUACAUGUCUUUGGUCCC